CUGGACUUCUUGCACUCACGAGUCAUGACCAGCAUGGAGUCCGACUUGCAAGCGCUAGACAAACCCGCGUUUGUCUUUCCUGGACUACUACCCAGUGUUCGUUCAAAGCAACAGCAGUAGGCGCACUUUGGGCAGAAUGUGGCCUGCAGAGAUCGUCGCAAAGCUUGGGCGGAAUACGAGUCGGGGCAGGAGGACGCAGCCACCAAGCUUAUCGGAGUUCGAAGCAACAUGCACUAGUGAGAUAUGUGGAAGAUCGUGGUCAGGAUUUUCAAGCAUCGUAAUGUGGAAUUUCUUGUUGCACCAUGGCAUGCAUUCGAAUGCGGUACUGAUAUCUCGACACGAUUGCAGUUGUUUUACCUGCAGCGUCAUCCCAAGUCAUAUAUAUGGUCCAACAGCCUUCUCCCUCGCGACCCUACAUCAGUUUGCGGGUGGGGCGAUCGUACAAGGGCAGGAUCACAGCUCCCCGUCAUUCACUCCUUCAUCAGACGGAUGGACACCUCGGGGAGUGGUUCGAUGGGAUCAGGAAAGGAUCCGCGACGCUUGUCGUUGAGGCUGAGGGUGUGGAUGUGAUUGCAACGGUGGCCGAGUCCGUCCUGGGCCUCGCACAGGGUAGUACACUGAAGGUGAUGAUCGCCGGGGGGAAGGAAGCACAUCGCGUGGCGCAGAAACUUGGGGAUGUAGGGGUAGGCGUGACACUAACGGCUGUUCACAAUGCACGACUUGUGCGCGUUCAUGUGUUUCGGGCACGCUGAGUCUUCCUCUGCGAUCACAAAACUCUUUCUAUUUAUACCAUAUGUAUCAUACAUGGUCUCCUUGUCGUGCACGGAACAGAAAAGAUCGCGCGGCGAGGAAA